AGACCCCUUCCUAGCAAAGUGCCAUUUGGGCCCCGCGUUGCGGUGCGAAAUGCCCUCCCAGUUAGAAGAGGAGGCGGAUGUUGUGAUCGGGCAACUUUCACAGGAGGCCGCUUCCCUGGAGAUUGCGACCAAAGUCUGCGGCAAGGGCUUCUGUGUCGUUGCUCCAGGCUUCGAGGACUCCGUGCUGCGGCAAGCUCUGGAGGAGAUCACAACCUUUGCCAAGACCAAUCGAUGGCAGCAGGCCAACACAGUGAUUCAGGAUGGCCUACUAGGAACAGAGGGUUCAGCCUUCAUCGCAGAGUUAGAGUCACCAGAGAAAGACCAUAUUUCUCGAGAAGAUGGAGAGGUCUUGAUGGAGCUUGACACUGCUAUGACUCACCUCGGCUUUCACAUCCAACCAUACUUGGGUAGCUUUGGUGUUGAGGUGACCCAUAGAGGACGUGCCCUGAUCCAUCAGGCAGGGGAGCCAGGAGAGGAACGAGUUCCUCUGAACGACAAGGAGGUAGUGAGAUGGCUGUCUCAGUUCUUGAGGCACAAGGUGAUGAUCAUCAUUUUCCUUGGUCCCAGCAGUGGGACCCUAGAGAUGAAACCCUACAACACCGAUGAUGCGGAGACUUACGAGAUUCAGACAUACCCAGGAACAUUAGUGGUGUUACGCCCCGACAUCCUCUCACACAAGCAUUUCUCGAAUGGACGCUCCCUGGCCAUGAGCUCCUUUUUCUUGCAGGGCGAUCGGAAACCAAAAAGAACAAAGAGAUCGGACAAAAUGGUUCCAGCAGCCAAGGAGCUGGAUGACUGGACCGUAAAUCGACUGCGGGAGCUGAAGGAGAAAAACCUCAACUCCCAGUUUUGGGACCCUGACAUCCCCCGCGAAUGGCAAAGUGCCAUGAAUCACAUGUUUCACAAGGGCCAGAUGAUCGCCGUCAAAGGCGAGGCCUGCAAGGUGCCAGCCACAGAAUCCCCUGAUGCCUUCUGCAUGGCUACUGCCUUUGCCCCGGACUACCCACAAGAUGUGCCACGGAUCAGGUGGGACCACGAGGAGGUGUAUGAUCCCGAUCCAGAAAGUUGGAGACACUUCAAAUCCUACUGCAAACAUGGCAGCUUUAUGGAUGGCAUUGAGCUGUUCGACUGCAAGAUGUUUAGCAUGUCCCCGAACGAGGCAAAGUCCAUGGACCCCCACCAGAGGCUGAUCUUGGAAGUAGGCUACGAAGCUCUAUUCAAUAUGGGCAUGCGAAAGAACACCUUGGUGAACACAACCUGCGGGGUCUAUGUUGGCUGUGGCAACGUUGAGUGGUCCAUGAUGCCACGAGAAUUGGAUCAGGGUGCUUUUGCAGCCACUGGAGGAGCUUUGUCGAUUAGUUCUGGGCGAUUCUCCUUCACCCUGGGCUUGAAAGGGCCCAGCAUGACCAUAGAUACAGAUGCCUCUUCUGGCGCCACAUCGAUUUAUCUUGGAGCCGAAGCUGUUCAACGGAAGGGUCGUGCCACCCCGAAUGAGUUCUCUGUGGCUAUUGCUGCACACCUUUUGCUCGCAGCAGUUUGGUGGCCCACACAUUGCGCCUCCGGCUGGCUCUGUGCAACUGGAAGAUGUUUAACCUUUGAUUCGUCUGCCAGUGGCUAUGUGCGUGGUGAUGGUGUUGCAGCUGUGACCUUGAAGGCCUCAAGCCAGCUGGUGGAUGGCAAGUAUGUCACCAGUGAGGAGGAGCCACUGGGGUCCAUUGCUGGUGCCAUGAUGAACAACAACGGGAAGGGUGCAAGUUUAUCAGCACCUCAUGGUCCAGCAGAGCAAGAGGUGGUUGCGGAGGCUCUGCAAAAUGCCAGCAUUGUGCCCGCAGACGUCGAUGCUGUGGAGGCCUAUGGGGCAGGUGCAUUUUUGCCAGAUGCCAUUGAGGUGGGUUCCAUGGUGAGGGCACACCGCAGCGAAGAUGCAAAGGACCCACCACUGCUGAUGACCUCUGUCAAAAGCAGCGUCGGGAAUCAGAUAGAAACCUCCGGAAUCAUCUCCUUCAUGCGAGUGAUCAGCGCAAUCCGAUUUGGAUACGCAACACCAAACUUGCACUUGCGGCAGGCCAACCCUCAUUGUGACCUUGAGAACCAGCCCGUCAACAUCGCGACGGAACUCAUGGAGUACCAGAAGCAAAGUGCUUUUGUCGGAGUCAUGGCCCGUGGCUUUGGUGGCUCAAACAUCUACACCAUUGCUUGGGGUGCCAUGCGUGACAAGAAUGCUCAGCAGGUGGUCAUCUCGGCUAGGGACAGCAUUAUGUACUGGCCUGGUGGGGGUGGGGCCUUGGCUACCGAACAGAUGCCCAACCAUGCUUACAUGAUCGUCGGCUCCUGGUCUCAGUGGCAGGAAGCCGAGGCCAUGGAGCCUGAAGGUGACAGUACUUACACCUACAUCGUGGUGCUGGGCGAGUCGAGGUUUGAGCAGUUUCAGAUCUGGCUUGAUGGAGAUCCCGCACGAGUGUUGCACCCUGGUCAUGCCAAGGGUUUCAAGGACACUACGGUGUUUGGACCCGGUGCCAUGGGCCACGGUUGCAAUUGGGUGAUUGAUGGCAGGCAGGAGCUUCCAGCCAUCAAAGUUCCCAAGGAGCUGGGGGAUGAAAGUUUGCUGCCCAAGAUGGCUACAGCAAUCAAGAUGACCGAAGAGAAGCCCGGCGAAGCCAAGCCAAAAUGUCCUGCAGCUGACUAUGGAAUGCCUGGAGACUCUUAUAGAGUAACCCUUCGUGUCACAGGCAGAUGGCGAAAUGUCACUUGGGAAAAGCUACCUGCAGGACACCCCCAGGCCCGACUGUCAGAUCAGCUCACAAGGGAGAGAGUCAGCCAGUUCUACAUUGCUGGCUCCUGGAAUGAUUGGAACCUUUCAGAGAUGGUACCCGGAGAGCCUGGAAUCUAUGCUGCCACAGCUGUGCUCUGGCGUGAUGGGGGCGAAUUCCAGAUCCUUCGCAAUCGUGAUUGGUCACAGGUCAUUCACCCCAAGACGCCUAAGGCUGCCAUGACACAACCGCUUGCAGGUCCUGAUGAUCAAGGACAUGGCAUGAAUUGGUUUCUCAAUGGCCAAGCAGGAGAUGUCUUCAGGAUAGAGCUCACUCGCCGUGGCGAGUCUGGCAUGUUUGAGUACGACUUGAAGUGGGAGCGCCUGGUGGAUGAGAAGCAGAGUCAAGCAGCCACCCAUCAGAAAUAUAGUAUUGUGGGAUCCUGGGACAACUGGGAAACAGCCAAGGAGAUGGAGUUUGAUGGCACUUACUACAAGUACAUCAUCACUCUUGGUCUCAGAAAUGAGGAGAGCUUUCAGAUCCUUUUGGAUGGGCUCAGGGAAAGGACCCUACAUCCUGAUAGAGCCAAUGCCACACCCUACACCAUCCAUGUGCUUCAAGGGCCUAGCAUCAGUGCGCAUGGCCUAAACUGGACUGUGGGAAGAGACGGCGGUUCUACUGGCAGCAAGUACGAAGUGAGGUUGCACCUCACCAAAAGAGGUCAUCCAAAGAAUGUGGACUGGGUCAAGCUGCCCAAUUAGUGAAUGAGACCGGAGACAUGUGAGAUGGAACGGCACUUGGAUGUAUUGCCAAGUAGCAGGUCGCUGUUAGGGUCGUUCUUCCAAGGUGAAAUUGGCAGCACGACAGCUGAGGAGAAAAAA